GAUUUCCGGUGUCUUUAAAUGUCCUGCCAUUAUUCUUCGACAAGCAGCAGUUAGGUUCGAUGUUAUUUGACGGAAAGAGACACCCAAACGUGGGAUACGUUUAACCAUUGGGAUGCUUAUAUAUUUAAGUAUUUGUUUUAUACCAUUACGGUCUUUAGAGAUGUGAGUUUUUUUUUUGUUAAGAUUAACGGUCGUGAUAUCGCGGGUUGUCUUUUCUGUGCUCCCACAGUUCCUCUUUUCUGCCGCAGUCAUAUGUUCACUGUAGUUACAUUUUAGCAACGUAGCUACCUACCUACAUAAAUUAGUUACCUACCUUGUAAAUUAACACAGCUAACUAACGUUUCUUAUGGUGUCAUCUCCUUGCUAACCAACCAUGCUACUAGUUACAAGCCAGCGUUAGAUCUUGUCAAGCAAUACGGUUGAUUUUGAGUUAAUCUGUCGAGGAUAAAGCAACGAGUUUAUAGCCAUUUGUUAACUAAGUAACGUUAGUGUUGGCAAGCUACUGAAGCUAGCUAGCUAACUAGCUAAUGUGUAGCCAAAUGCUAUGUAUGUAAAUAGCUUCCGUCUGACAGUGUAUGAUUGCUAGGCAGUGGUUAAUUGAUACAUACGCGUGACACCUAGCCACCAUCGUUCGCAGAUAUCACAUCAACAGGCGAAUCUUGUAACCAAUUUUAUGUUUCACGUUGGUCAGAGCGGUUGAGUUGGUGCCAGGCUGUGGAAAGCAGAGAAAGGAGGGGGGGUGGGGGGUUGAGAGAGUAGUGAAACGCACACAGUGUUCUUUGUGCCAGGGGUUUGGCCCAGUCUCCAUCAGCAAAGCGCAACACUAACUGCCCAGUCGGCUCUGUUCAGAGCAGCUUCAGAGCCAUGACAACUCAAAGGGAUGUCGAUAUUGUGAACCUGCGUCUUAUCCUGGUCAGUGGGAAGACGCAAGACUUCAUCUUCUCCCCCAACGACUCAGCCAUGGACAUCGCCAAGCACGUCUUUGAUAACUGGCCCUUGGGAUGGGAGGAGGAGCAGGUGAGCAGCGCCAGCAUCCUACGCCUCAUCUUCCAGGGACGCUUCCUGCAUGGCAACGUCACCCUGGGAGCUUUAAAGCUGCCCCCUGGCCGAACAACUGUCAUGCACUUGGUUGCCAGAGAGACCCUGCCAGAGCCUAACUCCCAUGGUCAGCGUAACCGGGAGAAGACCGCGGAGAGCAACUGCUGUCUGCUCUUGUAAAGACGACAACAAACCACAAUCCUCCCCUUAACCCUCCCCCACAUUCACCCCUGCUCGGCUUCUGUCUGCCCGUCAACCAUGGAUUUGGAGAGAUCACAGGGAGAUGGGUCACAGAGCUGUCAGCCUGCUGUCUGGCACAUGUUUGUGGCACUCUGGCCUAAUCGGUGGCUUUGGAAUUAUUUGUAGGUUGUUUUUUUUUUGUACCCAUUUAUUCAGAUCAAUUUUCUUUUUUCACCCUUUUGCCAGAUUCUGCCUUUUUCUUCUGUGUUGUAAAACCAUGUUGAGAAUUUGUACAUAUCUCCGUGGUUACCCAGGAUGAGAUAGCUGGGUGACCAUACAGGUUUUGAAGACCUCCCACAGGAACACUGUCAUAGUUAUGACUUCGGAACAUUGACCCGUACUGUGGCGUUGGUCAUUUGCAUUGACUCCAAGUAUCUUUCUGCUAAUGAAAUGGAAGUUCCCAUGGCUCUUGUAGAACGGCGUUAAAACCUCUCAUUGCACUUAACUGGGUUGUUUAUUAGAAAGUGUUUCUCGUGUUUGUUUGUUUUGUAUCGUCUUAAUCUCCCCAUCUUACAAAGGAAGAGAGAAUAAUGUCCUACUGUUAGACAAAGUGCCAUCCUCCUCACCCAAUGUAGACCAUGCACAGUACAGUAGUUGACUCCUACUAGCAGGGUGUGUGUAGUCCGCCAUAGCACCAGUGGAGUGGUGUGUAUCUCUGACAUGGGCCACACUCGUGUUUGUUCCUGGACUUGGACCAACAGAGGAAGAGUUCAAAGUUGUAAAGGGACACCUGUGUGUGUGGCAUUGUCACGUGUUUGAUCACCUCGACGGUGAAUGAUGAACUGGUCUAGCUAGAAGAAUCUGAACUAACUCCUACACAUUCUCCCCCUGGUUGUGAAGCCCUGCUUUUUUUCCACCUUUUUUUUAACUGAGUGAAAAGUAUUGAAGGAUUGCUUCUGAGUGACCAUUGUCAUUCUGUAUGGCUUCCACCUCUGAUCAACAUGACCAUUUAGACUACAUCCCGUCCCAUGGGACAGCCCCCUCGCCACUCCCCGUCCGACCUCAGUGAGGAAUAAGGGAAUCGACACCAGGAGCCAGUCAACAGAGAGGUGUUGGCAUUUGGUCUUCAUGGCCAACUACAGGACAUUAGGACUAGAGGCAUGAGGGAGCAAGUCCUUGGAGAGGGUUCCCCUCUGGAAAAUAGGAGGAAAUGAUGAUGGUAUUUGACCUCCUUUUUGUUUGGAUGCUGUCUGUUUUUGUUUGCCUUUUUGAUUGUUGAAUUAUUCAGUAAUAUCAUUAAUAUUGCAAUUGGAAAAUGUCAAUUUUUAUCUUGUAUUGAUAUUGUUUGUCCAGUUGCUGAUGUCUGACUCCUGUUAAUUGAAUGCCUUUUGUCCCAGGAGUUAGUGUGUGUGGGAAUUGCGUAUUAAUUUUACAUGACUGUAUGUGUGAGUGGAUAGGUUGGGGAAAUGACUGAGUGUAUGGAGACAGUUUGUGUAUUUGAGUAAUGGGUGUGUGUUUGUGAAAACCUAAAAACGGUGUGUGUGUGUGAACACUGGAGGUUAGUGAUGCAGGUGGUGGAGUAGAACAGAUUGGUCUUGGCUGUGGUUUCCAUGGAAACAGUGUGAAUCCUUCCUUUUAGUGAGUGUCCUUUGGUUAGUGGCCGUCAACCAAUGUCACUGCUAUGAAAUGUAGCUCAAUAUGAAUAAAUGUAUAAAAAAAAAAGAAUACUAAUGAAAUGUUGUCUGCUUAAAGCUUGUAUUAUAAAUUAAUAAAACAUCUUAAAGAAAUGUUCUAAGUUUUAAAGUGUGGAACACUGCUUGGACAAUAUGCAUUCUUCAUUGUAGAGGUUGUGACUUGUGAUAUAGGGGACAGAUCUAUGUUCUUUGUCAGUAGUAGAACAGCUGGAUGGCCGCUGGGUGGCAGUGUUGUGUAGCUACUCCAUUCUCAUCCUAGGCCCUGGGCUAUCAUUGUUCAACACCACCUGGUUGAGUCCCAUACUUGUAUUUUUUUUUUUAAUUAACUAGGCAAGUCAGUUAAAAUAAUGACUGCCUACCCCAGCCACACCUGGACGACGGUGGGCCAAUUGUGCGCAGCCCUAUGGAACUUCCAAUCUCGGCCGGAUGUGAUAUAGCCUGGAUUCUAACCAGGGACUGUAGUGACGCCUCUUGCAUGCAGUGCCUGAGACCGGAUUGCCACUCGGGAGCCCCUGUACCGAUAAGAAUUCCAUGUGUGAUACUCCAAGGUCAGAAUGUACUAUUUGAUGUUGGCUGUUACAUAACCUUUUCCUCUGACUGUAAUAAUGGUUGGCUGACGUUAUCUAUUAUUCAGAGGUUCUUUGCAAUGAAUUUAGUUAAGUAGUAGACUGAUCAAUAUUACUCUCCAAUAUCACAAAUUACCUUAACAAUGGAUAUGAAUCAGUGUUUUGAUGGAUUACCUUAUGUGGACUUGGAUAACUACGGUAGGUAGUAAUCAGUCACUAGAUUAAAUAAAGGUUAAAUACAUCAAAAUAAAAAAAUGGCUAUUUUAAUACAUUCUGAUACCAAUUUAUAUAGUUUUGGUGCUGGAAAUAAGUUUGUGCAUCUUGGAUUCUGUCUGCGAUUUAGACCCCAUAUAAAAUGCUAUGCAUGUUGUAGUGAUUCAGUCGUAACAGUUGGUCGAACUCCUAUUAUUCAAUAUUAUUCUCUCCAAAAACCUGGUUAUGACGUAUAACUGAGAGCGCUCCAGGUUUCCAGUUGACGUUGGCAAUUAAAGUUAGGAAAAGUGCUGUCAAGCUCCCAGAUUUAUUCUAAAACCUACUGCUGUUCUUAAUCUUUUAAAUAAACUACUUGUUCUUCCAUG